AUGGGUGGUAACGAGCGCAUUUUAAGCAGGGAGCAUGUGCAGCAGGGAGCACGUGUGCAGCAGGGAGCACGUGUGCAGCAGGGAGCACGUGUGCACGUGUGCAGCAGGAGCACGUGUGCAGCAGAGAGCACGUGUGCAGCAGAGAGCACGUGUGCAGCAGAGAGCACGUGUGCAGCAGAGAGCACGUGUGCAGCAGAGAGCACGUGUGCAGCAGAGAGCACGUGUGCAGCAGAGAGCACGUGUGCAGCAGAGAGCACGUGUGCAGCAGAGAGCACGUGUGCAGCAGAGAGCACGUGUGCAGCAGAGAGCACGUGUGCAGCAGAGAGCACGUGUGCAGCAGAGAGCACGUGUGCAGCAGAGAGCACGUGUGCAGCAGAGAGCACGUGUGCAGCAGAGAGCACGUGUGCAGCAGAGAGCACGUGUGCAGCAGAGAGCACGUGUGCAGCAGAGAGCACGUGUGCAGCAGAGAGCACGUGUGCAGCAGAGAGCACGUGUGCAGCAGAGAGCACGUGUGCAGCAGAGAGCACGUGUGCAGCAGAGAGCACGUGUGCAGCAGAGAGCACGUGUGCAGCAGAGAGCACGUGUGCAGCAGAGAGCACGUGUGCAGCAGGGAGCACGUGUGCAGCAGGGAGCACGUGUGCAGCAGAGAGCACGUGUGCAGCAGAGAGCACGUGUGCAGCAGAGAGCACGUGUGCAGCAGAGAGCACGUGUGCAGCAGAGAGCACGUGUGCAGCAGAGAGCACGUGUGCAGCAGAGAGCACGUGUGCAGCAGAGAGCACGUGUGCAGCAGAGAGCACGUGUGCAGCAGAGAGCACGUGUGCAGCAGAGAGCACGUGUGCAGCAGAGAGCACGUGUGCAGCAGAGAGCACGUGUGCAGCAGAGAGCACGUGUGCAGCAGAGAGCACGUGUGCAGCAGGAGCACGUGUGCAGCAGAGAGCACGUGUGCAGCAGAGAGCACGUGUGCAGCAGAGAGCACGUGUGCAGCAGAGAGCACGUGUGCAGCAGAGAGCACGUGUGCAGCAGAGAGCACGUGUGCAGCAGAGAGCACGUGUGCAGCAGAGAGCACGUGUGCAGCAGAGAGCACGUGUGCAGCAGAGAGCACGUGUGCAGCAGGGAGCACGUGUGCAGCAGAGAGCACGUGUGCAGCAGAGAGCACGUGUGCAGCAGAGAGCACAGAGCACGUGUGCAGCAGAGAGCACGUGUGCAGCAGAGAGCACGUGUGCAGCAGAGAGCACGUGUGCAGCAGAGAGCACGUGUGCAGCAGAGAGCACGUGUGCAGCAGAGAGCACGUGUGCAGCAGAGAGCACGUGUGCAGCAGAGAGCACGUGUGCAGCAGAGAGCACGUGUGCAGCAGAGAGCACGUGUGCAGCAGAGAGCACGUGUGCAGCAGAGAGCACGUGUGCAGCAGAGAGCACGUGUGCAGCAGAGAGCACGUGUGCAGCAGAGAGCACGUGUGCAGCAGAGAGCACGUGUGCAGCAGGGAGCACGUGUGCAGCAGGGAGCACGUGUGCAGCAGAGAGCACGUGUGCAGCAGAGAGCACGUGUGCAGCAGAGAGCACGUGUGCAGCAGAGAGCACGUGUGCAGCAGAGAGCACGUGUGCAGCAGAGAGCACGUGUGCAGCAGAGAGCACGUGUGCAGCAGAGAGCACGUGUGCAGCAGAGAGCACGUGUGCAGCAGAGAGCACGUGUGCAGCAGAGAGCACGUGUGCAGCAGAGAGCACGUGUGCAGCAGAGAGCACGUGUGCAGCAGAGAGCACGUGUGCAGCAGAGAGCACGUGUGCAGCAGAGAGCACGUGUGCAGCAGAGAGCACGUGUGCAGCAGGGAGCACGUGUGCAGCAGAGAGCACGUGUGCAGCAGAGAGCACGUGUGCAGCAGAGAGCACGUGUGCAGCAGAGAGCACGUGUGCAGCAGAGAGCACGUGUGCAGCAGAGAGCACGUGUGCAGCAGAGAGCACGUGUGCAGCAGAGAGCACGUGUGCAGCAGAGAGCACGUGUGCAGCAGAGAGCACGUGUGCAGCAGAGAGCACGUGUGCAGCAGAGAGCACGUGUGCAGCAGAGAGCACGUGUGCAGCAGAGAGCACGUGUGCAGCAGAGAGCACGUGUGCAGCAGAGAGCACGUGUGCAGCAGAGAGCACGUGUGCAGCAGAGAGCACGUGUGCAGCAGAGAGCACGAGCACGUGUGCAGCAGAGAGCACGUGUGCAGCAGAGAGCACGUGUGCAGCAGAGAGCACGUGUGCAGCAGAGAGCACGUGUGCAGCAGAGAGCACGUGUGCAGCAGAGAGCACGUGUGCAGCAGAGAGCACGUGUGCAGCAGAGAGCACGUGUGCAGCAGAGAGCACGUGUGCAGCAGAGAGCACGUGUGCAGCAGAGAGCACGUGUGCAGCAGAGAGCACGUGUGCAGCAGAGAGCACGUGUGCAGCAGAGAGCACGUGUGCAGCAGAGAGCACGUGUGCAGCAGAGAGCACGUGUGCAGCAGAGAGCACGUGUGCAGCAGAGAGCACGUGUGCAGCAGAGAGCACGUGUGCAGCAGAGAGCACGUGUGCAGCAGAGAGCACGUGUGCAGCAGAGAGCACGUGUGCAGCAGAGAGCACGUGUGCAGCAGAGAGCACGUGUGCAGCAGGGAGCACGUGUGCAGCAGAGAGCACGUGUGCAGCAGAGAGCACGUGUGCAGCAGAGAGCACGUGUGCAGCAGAGAGCACGUGUGCAGCAGAGAGCACGUGUGCAGCAGAGAGCACGUGUGCAGCAGAGAGCACGUGUGCAGCAGGGAGCACGUGUGCAGCAGAGAGCACGUGUGCAGCAGAGAGCACGUGUGCAGCAGAGAGCACGUGUGCAGCAGAGAGCACGUGUGCAGCAGAGAGCACGUGUGCAGCAGAGAGCACGUGUGCAGCAGAGAGCACGUGUGCAGCAGAGAGCACGUGUGCAGCAGAGAGCACGUGUGCAGCAGAGAGCACGUGUGCAGCAGAGAGCACGUGUGCAGCAGAGAGCACGUGUGCAGCAGAGAGCACGUGUGCAGCAGAGAGCACGUGUGCAGCAGAGAGCACGUGUGCAGCAGAGAGCACGUGUGCAGCAGAGAGCACGUGUGCAGCAGAGAGCACGUGUGCAGCAGAGAGCACGUGUGCAGCAGAGAGCACGUGUGCAGCAGGGAGCACGUGUGCAGCAGGGAGCACGUGUGCAGCAGAGAGCACGUGUGCAGCAGAGAGCACGUGUGCAGCAGAGAGCACGUGUGCAGCAGAGAGCACGUGUGCAGCAGAGAGCACGUGUGCAGCAGAGAGCACGUGUGCAGCAGAGAGCACGUGUGCAGCAGAGAGCACGUGUGCAGCAGAGAGCACGUGUGCAGCAGAGAGCACGUGUGCAGCAGAGAGCACGUGUGCAGCAGAGAGCACGUGUGCAGCAGAGAGCACGUGUGCAGCAGAGAGCACGUGUGCAGCAGAGAGCACGUGUGCAGCAGAGAGCACGUGUGCAGCAGAGAGCACGUGUGCAGCAGAGAGCACGUGUGCAGCAGAGAGCACGUGUGCAGCAGAGAGCACGUGUGCAGCAGAGAGCACGUGUGCAGCAGAGAGCACGUGUGCAGCAGAGAGCACGUGUGCAGCAGAGAGCACGUGUGCAGCAGAGAGCACGUGUGCAGCAGAGAGCACGUGUGCAGCAGAGAGCACGUGUGCAGCAGAGAGCACGUGUGCAGCAGAGAGCACGUGUGCAGCAGAGAGCACGUGUGCAGCAGAGAGCACGUGUGCAGCAGAAAUCACGUGUGCAGCAGAAAUCACGUGUGCAGCAGAAAUCACGUGUGCAGCAGAAAUCACGUGUGCAGCAGAAAUCACGUGUGCAGCAGAAAUCACGUGUGCAGCAGAGAGUCAAGGCAAGAAACGGGGGCGACGAAAGAUUGCCCUUGCCUGCUAUGUGUUACUCUACUUCACUCCAUCUCACCUGCUGCUGGCUCAACUGCUGCGCUGCUGCAGCGAGUGCAUGGUCGUCCUGCCUCGCUAG